AUGGAGUCUAACGGUAAUUUGUUUUGUUAUAGUGUUGCAGUUUCUCCCCGUGAUAUCCCUCGUUCCCGUGACGGCACUGAUGUCCCAAUUUUGGUCAAUGGGCUAUACGUGUUUUCUGCUCGCCCCAUGGAGGGUUUCCCUCAGGGUCAUAUCAGUAUGUCAGAUCCACAGAGGACAUGGGCGCAGGUUGCCUUGACCGACAUGGUGCAGGUACAGCUGUACGAUGCGUUCAGUCAAGGUAGCCAGGCCUACCUUGGGUCUAUGGAUAUUGAAGUGAGCUUUGCUGGAAGAAAGAGGACAGAGGUCCCUUAUGACCAAGAUCAACUUGCUCAGACAUUUAUCAAGAACUUCGAGGAUCAGAUUCUUGCACCUGGUCAGAAGAUACUCAUGGAUGACAAGAGCAUCCCUUUGCUAUUGACAGUGAAAACGGUUCAGCUUGGUGAUUUAACUACAGAGAAACCAUCUUCCUCUGCACCAACCUCGUCGGAUCCCCACUCCAGAGGCAUUCUAACAGGCUAUACAUUAAUCAACUUUUUCAAAGAUGCAAAAACCGGAAUCAAUGUUAAAGCAUCUAAUCGACGACCAGCAGCAAAUUCAAUAGUCCAGCCUGAUUUCAAAUUUGAGAAUAUGGGAAUUGGCGGUUUGGACACAGAGUUUAGCACCAUCUUCCGAAGAGCUUUUGCAUCCCGUAUCUUCCCUCCAGGACUUGUCGAGAAGCUUGGUAUCCAGCACGUCAAAGGUAUCUUGCUUUAUGGACCUCCUGGAACAGGUAAAACUUUGAUUGCAAGGCAAAUUGGAAAAAUGUUGAAUGCCAGAGAGCCUAAGGUUAUCAACGGCCCCGAAGUGUUGAAUAAAUUUGUUGGCCAGUCCGAAGAGAACAUCAGGAAACUCUUUGCCGAUGCCGAGAAGGAGUAUAGAGAGAAAGGUGACGAGAGCGGACUACACAUUAUCAUUUUUGAUGAAUUGGAUGCUGUUUGCAAACAAAGAGGCAGCGGUGCCGGUGGUGGAACGGGUGUUGGCGAUAGUGUUGUCAACCAACUUCUAUCAAAGCUCGACGGUGUUGACCAGCUAAACAAUAUCCUCCUUAUAGGAAUGACAAACCGAAUGGACAUGAUUGAUGAUGCCCUACUGCGUCCAGGUCGACUGGAGGUCCAUAUGGAAAUAUCCCUCCCAGAUGAACAUGGCCGGGCUCAAAUAUUGAAAAUCCAUACCCAGAAAAUGCGAGAGAACGACGUUAUGGACCGAGACGUGGAUCUCAAGGAGCUUGCAGCACUUACCAAGAACUUUUCAGGUGCCGAGAUUAGCGGAUUGGUGAAGUCAGCUUCGUCCUUUGCCUUUAAUCGCCACGUUAAAGUGGGAACCAUGGCCGGUAUAAGUGAUGAUAUUGUUAACAUGAAGGUCAACCGAACAGACUUUCACAACGCGUUAGAAGAGGUAAAGCCCGCCUUUGGUGUUUCUGAAGAAGAGCUCGAGACUUGUAUCCACGGAGGGAUCCAUCAUUUCUCACGAGCGGUGGGUGAGAUCCUGGAAGAGGGUAACCUCUUCGUCAAACAAGUCCGUGACCCAGAAUCAACGACAUCUCUUUUCUCAGUGCUUCUCCAUGGGCCACCUGGCAGUGGAAAGACGGCUCUGGCUGCUAAGAUUGCGAUUGACUCGGGUUUCCCCUUCGUCAAACUAAUUAGCCCAGAAGAUAUGGUGGGCUAUAGCGAGAUGGCCAAAGUGCAGCACAUGAAUAAAGUGUUCACAGAUGCCUACAAGAGUCCAACCAGCGUUGUUGUCAUGGACAACAUUGAGCGAAUCAUUGACUGGGUGCCCAUCGGACCACGAUUCAGCAAUUCCGUCCUCCAAGCUGUGAUGGUGCUGCUCAGGAAACAACCUCCUAAAGGCCGUCGUCUGCUGGUCCUUGCAACCACGACUGAACGAUCAAUCCUGAAGCAGCUUGACGUGUUCACUUCGUUCAAUGCGGACAUACCUGUACCAAACAUCAACACCUACGAGGAAUUAGCCUACAUCUUGCAGCAGGAACAGACUCUGUCUUCUGACGAGAUCAAGUCUGCUUUGUCACGGAUUCGAGAACUGACACAGAGUGAUAAGAUUGGAGUCGGUGUGAAGAAGGUGCUGCUUGGUGUUGGCACUGCAAAGCAAGACACCGACAAGGCCACGCGGUUUGCGUCUGUUAUCGCUCGAGCAAUGGAUGAGCAAAAUUAUGUAUAG